CCUAUGUCACCAUGAUACGCCGGGUCGACCCUCGUACACGUACCGGUACGCCGGUACGUGGUGGUAACUUGGUUCCGACAAAAUGAAAAAAAAAAAGGGAAACCACACGAACGACACUCGUCUUCUCCCUCUCCGCCUUUCGAGUUUCUUCCUUAUUCCAACGGCUGGUGCUUGGGUUCAGUGAUUUUUUGGGCAGCGGCGGCGGACGGCGACCCGCGACGGACGACCCGUGGACGGCGACGGCGACGGACGGUGAGUGGGCGACGUUCGUCGUUCGGCUUCUUCCUCGUACAGUUGUUAGGGUUCCUCUCCCCCUGAUCCCUGGAGAGUCUCUUGGUUCGAUCUUUGUCUCAAUCAGCUGGCUCCUUUCCUCGCAUUCAGUCAAUCGGAAGCUCUCGCCAAGAACAACCCGAGAAUGAUAUUUAUGCCUAUGAGUGGAAUAAAGCACAAACAGCGACUUGCCUUGCCACCUUUUGCGAAAACAUUUGAAGACAAGGUAACAGACAGGAAUGCUCUUCUAGAAGAUGGACCAUACCAUUGAGGUUAUAAGAAAAAGGUGUUUCAGGUGUUUCUGAUUAUUAAAUCAGGUAAAGUUUCUUAAGCCUUUUUCAUGGCAGAGAGGGCUUGCGUAAAGCGUCUGCAGAAGGAAUACCGUGCACUAUGUAAGGAGCCAGUUCCACACAUUUUAGCUCGUCCAAAUCCGAAUGAUAUCCUCGAGUGGCAUUAUGUAUUAGAAGGGAGUGAAGGAACACCAUUUGCAGGUGGUAUUUACUAUGGAAAAGUAAAAUUUCCCUCUGACUAUCCGUUCAAACCCCCAGGAAUCAGCAUGAUUACACCUAAUGGCCGGUUUGCUACACAGAAAAGAAUUUGCAUGUCUAUGAGUGACUUUCAUCCGGAGACGUGGAAUCCCAUGUGGUCAGUGUCAAGCAUACUUACGGGGCUUCUUUCAUUCAUGAUGGACAAUAGUCCUACCACCGGCAGCGUGUCUACCACUGUUGCUGAAAAGCAAAGACUUGCACGUGCUUCACUUGCAUUCAACUGUAAGAGUCCAAUGUUCAGAAAAAUGUUCCCUGAAUAUGUGGAGCAGUACAACCAGUUACAAAAUGCAGAAAAACUAAAUUCAGAUAGAUUGGCAGAGAAAGAACAGCCUCAUGCUGCAUCUGAAACUGAAGGCAAGGAAAAAGAAGAUAAUGGAGUACUUGACAAAAGGAAUCAGCGGCAUACUAGCAAAAUCCCAUUUUGGCUACUGUUUUUUAUAUUCUCUGUUCUUUGUGCGAUUAUGGCGUUGCCACUUCUACUGAUUUGACUUCUGAUGAUGCUCUAGAAUCAAGGUGCCUUGGUCCUAUUUGUUUCAGAUGUUGAACUCAUCAAAUGAUUAAGGUCGGUCCCAAAGCAUUUCCAACUAUGGAUUGCUUAGGAUUUACACCUUGUGACCAGAUGAAUCUCUAUUGACUGGUGUACUGACGCAAGGAUCGUUAGACAUCAAUGGAAAUCUGGAACACGUUAUCAUCUCAUAUACAUAGGACAUUGGGUGUGCCUCCCCCAAUUUCUUGGUGUGAUAUUUUUUGGACUUGGUUAUGUAAUUGUCUCUUAACGAAGUUGGUAGCUGUGAUUCUUCUGUA